AUGAGUACAUUUGCUAGAUGGAGGAAAGCCGAGUUGUUUGACUUGAUGAACAAGUUGAAGAUAACCGAUGUGAGUAACUCAACUAAGAAAUCAGAUAUGAUCGUUUUGAUUGAGCACUAUUUGGAGAACUUGAGUGCACCAUUGGAUUAUAUGCAUGAUUUCCCAGAGCUUCAAACUUACUAUGAGGAUAAGCAGCAACUUAAGAUUGAAAGUGAUAUAGAAGAUGAGCUGGACAAGAUCAGCAGUACUAGUGAAGACAUGGAAUAUGGCGAGGAUAUAGACAUGAAGGAGGAAACUUCUGAAACCUCUAGUGACUCAUCUGCAGAAGAGACUGAGACUGUGGUUGAAAAGAAAGACUAUAAUAACUUGGACUUCAGUGAAGAACCAACAAAGCUUCAAGAUUUCAAGUUUAAUUUUGAUCAAAUUCUAGAUGAUAUCAUUGACAGAGCUUACAUUAUCAAUGAAAAUGUUAAAGAUUACUUGUCUUCCAUCAGUGCUGUGGAGAGUAUAUUUACCAUAAUAGAAUUGGUCUUGUUUUCUGUCCAUCUGUUUGCAAAUUACAGAACCGGUGAAACUGUGCUCUCUGCUCAGCACAGUAUUGGUUACAUGGAUUACUAUUUCAGACCUGAAUACUAUAAGCGUGAGGUUGUUCAUUUCUUGAAUAAGAUAGGUUUGCCAAUUCUGACCUGGUUUUUCCUAUUGAGAAUUGUUCCUUGUUUUGUGUCUUAUUAUAUCAACUUCAUUAGAUAUGAGCUAUUGGUUGAUAUGGACCCAAUGGUUUAUCAUUUGUUCAAGGGUAUUGUUGAGUUUUUGAUCAUAACCAGGUUUAAUGAUAACCAAAAUCCAAUUCAAGGAUUCUUGAGCUCCUUUUCGUUCAGUCCACUAGGCCACUUGCAUGUGGACCCAUGUAGAGACUUGAGAGAGUUCAACGAUGCCCUAGGGUACCUGCCUUUGUGUUUUUCUGUUGUUUGUACCAUUUUAACUCUUUACAUUCUUUAA